GUGAUCUGGAGGCCUCGCUGAAUCUGCAAGCCGGGGCGAUCCCUUUUGCAUUGCAGAUGUACGAGUAUGCGGGGGGGACGAUGCUGCAUCUGCACUAUGAAGGUCCCGACAGCGGAGACCAAAAAGUGCUGGUUCCAACCUCUGCCUUCACGCAUAUGGCGAACGCCAACACUGCGCUGAUGACCGAUGCAUCCCACACCCGCGGCUGCGUGGGAAAUACCGGCCUUGCCGGCAUGAAAGGAAUCUCGGGCUGA